UGAACAACCACCAAUAAAGAACUCCGUACGAACCACAAACUAGCAACCAAUAACCGAAAGAAAAUACCCUUAAAAAAAGAAAAAAAGAAAAAAAGAAAAAAGAAAUGAAGGCAUCGAUCAAGCUUCGGGAGGACGAGCUCAAGCCCCCGCUCCUUCGCGCCAAAGUCCCCAUCUCCGUCUUCAACCUCCCCUUCGCCGCCUCCAUCGCCGCCGGCGACCCCUCCGACCUCUCCUUCCACAUCAUCACCUCCUUCUCCUCCCUCCCCUCCCUCAAGCUCUCAUACCACCCUAACCCUAACCCUAACCCUAACCCCAGCCCCUUCACCCUCACCCUCAAGUCCGGCGCCGGCCGCUUCGGAUCCCCCGCCAACUCCCCCCUCCACAUCUCCUUCCGCCUCUCCCCGAACCCUAACCCUAGCUUCUCCAUCCACUUCAAACCCCAGCUCGGCCACUUCUCCCUCUCCAGGCGGCCGAUCCCCGUGGUGUUCCCUCCGGAGAGGAUCGGGAUCGAAGAGCUAAUACGCGGCGGAGUCGGGGUGAGGGUGAGGACUUCGGUGCCGCUGGGGCCGAGGGCGGGCCUGAAGGUGAGGUGGGCGGCGAAGAUACCGCCGGCGGUGACGGGAUCUUCCGGGGUUUUCCGGAGAUUGCCGUACCUGAGUAUGGAUAAGAUUAGCAUCGAGAGAGUGGAGGAGGACGAGGAGGAGGAGGAGGAGAGGAGAGGGGUGAAGGAGUGGAGCGAGAAGGAUUUGGAGGGGAUGAGAGGGAUGUGCUUUUGGAUGGGGAAGGAGGUGGAGGAGCUGAAGAAGGAGAGCGGCGAGAUUAAGGAGAGUGUUGAGGGGUUAAAGAAGAAGUUUUUGGAGGUGAAUGAGAUUCACGAGGGAGAAAGAGGCAAGAUUAAUGCUGGCAACUUUAGAGGGAGCAAUGGGAGCUUUGGUGCUGCGGGGAGACGAGCUUGAUUGGUACUUGGUAACUCAAAGAUCCCAUCUUUUUUUUUAAUUUAGACACUUCAACGUGAUUUCUUUGUAGUUUCUUUUGUGUGUAUAGAAGUAGAACUGUAUGGGUUUUGGGUUGAGGAAGAGUGAAAUUACCUUUGCAGUUAAACAUGGUCUUUUUCAACAUAGAUGAAAUGCAAAGGAUAAGGUAGUGAUGUAUAGUAUAGUAGAGUAGUAAUUUAUUUCUUUUCUUUUGGGAUAAUUGUUGUGACUUGCUAUUUGCUAACAAAACGGGGAAGUGUCAUCUUUCCUAAUGCUGCUCUAACUAUAAUUUCUUUCGAUUGUCAAGUUGAAAA